CGACUCUGCAGCAUAGCAUUUGCUGAGAACCAUACUUCUACGCCUCUUGAAUCCGGCUGAAACCAUGCGGCUGCUGAAGUACGAUACUGAUGGCGAUUUCAGCCUCGCCGAGUUCUUUAACGAUACACCUAAGUAUGCUAUACUUUCACAUACUUGGGGAGAAGAGGAGGUCACCUUUAAAAACCUUGCAGACGGAACUGGCAAGAAUAAGACUGGUUACGACAAGAUUCGAUUCUGCGCACAGCAGGCUGCCGAGAAUAGCUUGCAGUACUUCUGGGUGGACACCUGCUGUAUCGAUAAGUCGAGCAGCACUGAGCUGCAGGAGGCUAUCAACUCGAUGUUCCGCUGGUAUCGUGAUGCUGUCAAAUGUUACGUCUAUCUAUCAGAUGUAUCGUUGCCUCCAUCCGACGACGCGGCUGUUGACUUUACUAAGGCUUGGGAACUGCAGUUCCGGGAAAGUCGAUGGUUCACUCGAGGCUGGACCCUGCAGGAGCUUAUUGCGCCGGCAUCAGUCGAAUUUUAUUCGAAGGAGGGGAAACUACUGGGCGAUAAGGUAUCCUUGGAGCAAAUUAUCUGCCAGAUAACGGGUAUUCCCAUUAAAGCUUUUCAAGGAAGCCCUUUAUCUGAUUUCGGCAUCCCAGAACGAAUGGCAUGGGCAAAAAUUCGUCAAACCACACGUGAGGAGGAUAGUGUCUACUCGUUGCUUGGUAUUUUCGGCGUGCAUAUGCCACUGAUCUACGGCGAAAGAAGAGAGUAUGGUCUUAGGCGUCUCUACGAGGAGAUCAAGAAAUCAUCGAAUGGUACGUUUAAAACUUGA